AAGCUCUGUAGGGCAUGAAGUGUGCUCAAGGUGUUUUUGUGUUGUUAAUUUUGCUCGAGUGCUUACUGAGAUGGCGCAAUUUUCGAAAGACGCGGUAUGGUAUGGUUCGACCGCGAUACACUUCAGUCGCGUUGGUGGCUUUAUGAGAUUUGACGUAUUCCGCGCGCGGUGAUGACACUUGUCAGGUUAAUUUAUGAAAUGUCAAACGUUUUUUAAGUAAUUCGCGAGUGAAUAAACUGUAAACAAUUUGUUAGUGAAUUAAAUAUUGAUGCAGUGAAAAUUUUAUAGUGUAAUGGACUGUUAUUUCUCAAAAUUUUGCCCAAGGCGUAAGUGACAAAUGGAAAGUUUACAUCGGUGAUCGAUACACUCAUGAUGCACCCAGCAGGAUACUACGCAAACCUUGCGAGCGGCGCGCUCGCGGCCGGCACCAUUGCGUCCCCGUGGAGCACGGCGGCCGGCGCGCCCGAUACCAAUGGCUCGGGCGGCGCCGACGCGAAGCACCUGGAUGUCGGCGAUGCUAGCGACGAUGAAAAGGAUAUGUCGGCGGCGGACGCGGAGGGAGUAUGGAGUCCGGACAUCGAGCAGAGCUUCCAAGAGGCGCUGGCGAUAUACCCUCCAUGCGGGAGACGGAAGAUCAUCCUCUCUGACGAGGGCAAGAUGUACGGAAGAAACGAACUUAUAGCAAGAUAUAUAAAAUUAAGGACGGGGAAAACGCGCACAAGGAAACAAGUAUCUUCACACAUACAGGUUUUAGCUAGGCGGAAACUUCGAGAAAUACAGGCCAAGCUUAAAGUGGACGGUGGUGUGAUGAAAGAGAAGGCGAUGCAGUCAAUGAGCACACUAUCUAGCGCUCAAAUAGUGGCGGGUUUGCCUCACCCGGCGUACCAUCACACGCAAUUCUGGCAGCCUGGUCUACAAGCUGGCACGUCACAAGAUGUGAAACCAUUCCCGGGCGCGGGCUACAAGGGUGUCCCCGUUGGCGGUGUGGUGGGGGGCGGUACAGACGUAGCCCCCCCUCCUCCCUGGGAGGGCCGCGCGAUCGCAACACACAAACUGCGACUCGUGGAGUUCUCUGCGUUCGUGGAACACCCUAGAGACCCGGACACGUAUCCACCGAGUACGGCGCCGGCGCAGCAUCUCUUCGUACAUAUAGGUGGUACUGUCACAUACGCGGAUCCUUUAUUAGAGUCAGUAGACGUACAACAGAUUAACGACAAGUUCCCAGAGAAGAAGGGAGGUCUCAAGGAGUUAUAUGAGAAAGGUCCGCGGAACGCAUUCUUCCUUGUAAAGUUUUGGGCGGACCUAAAUACUAAUAACUUGGACGAUCCUGCAGCUUUCUAUGGGGUGACUAGUGUAUACGAGAGCAACGAAAACAUGACCAUAACGUGUAGCACAAAAGUGUGUUCGUUCGGCAAACAAGUUGUGGAAAAAGUUGAAACGGAAUACGCGCGAUUUGAGGGCGGCCGCUUCGUAUACCGCAUACAGAGGUCACCCAUGUGCGAAUAUAUGGUCAACUUUAUACACAAGCUGAAACAUUUGCCCGAGAAGUAUAUGAUGAACAGCGUGCUCGAGAACUUUACUAUACUGCAGGUGGUAUCAAAUAGAGACACACAAGAGACUUUACUCUGCGCGGCGUUCGUAUUCGAAGUGUCGAACAGCGAGCACGGCGCACAACACCACAUCUACAGGCUGGUUAAAGACUGAAUUAACCACUCGGGUGUUAUUUGUACUGUUUUUCCUAAAAAAACGUCGCGUUUUUCGUCUGUUCCAGUUUCUGGGAUUUGUUUUGGAAAAAAUAUUGCAUAGUGAUUCGGAUUUGUGACUCUUUUUGCAACUAUAUCGACUGGUGCGAUGCAAUCUGUGACAUUAUUAUUUAUAUUUUUUUAUUGUCUGUGUACGUCCGUUACAUAGCUACAGAUUCGCAAUAAUGACGUUUCAAGUGUAUUUUUUACAAAUUGUGACUUUUUUUUGUUUAGUGCAAUAUUUUUGUUUGUGCAAAAUAUUAUAUUUCGAAUAUAAUUUGAAAAUCAAAGCUUCCAGCAGUUUUAAGAUCGGAUAUACUCGUUAUUUACAAAUUACAAUAACGCUUCAAGGAGAUUGUAUAUAAAUAUUGGCCUGUUCCAAUUAUAUGAUUUUAAAUGAAAGUAGGUGAAAUCGUUAUGUGAUCUGAAAAUAAUGCUACAAGUAUUUUUAUAAACGAAAUUUUUAUGUAUAGCUCAAUUUUAAUAUCGUAUAGUUUAACUUUGUCCGCGCCGUGUGGACAAGCCUACUUUUCUAUACUCUAUGAUUCUUUUACAAGUUCUCAUUUGUCCUUUGUUUUUAAAAAAUCUAAUAUUUCUAAGGGAUUAGACGCAUGUAAAAUAAAAUCAUAAUACUAAUAAAGAUUAUAAAUGAAUACACACAGUGCCUCUAAUAAUUAUGUUACAUUAACAUAAAUUACUUGAGCGUUUUUAAUAUUUUCACUAAAAUAGAGAAAUUAGUGAAAACAUUAAAACAUAGUGUAGAAAUUGUGAAUCAUGCAUAGUUCGGUUAAGUGUAGGGAUAAGGAAAUGUCUAAAGAGAAUUAUUACAUUUUCGCUGAUGGUGCA